GCAUGCAUGAUGACACCUCCCCUGAAGAUUCGAAACGACGGCCCCCUCUCAAGAGCUGAGGAGGCUGGGAAGCAUGUGAGAGUCUGCACGUAGCCCUUUUAGGUCUUGGCUUGUCCACCCCAAAAAGCAGACGUCCAACAGUGCGUCGGGACAUCUCGUCAAAUAGGGCCACCGACACCACUCUCGAAUUUCUGCGUCUACCUUCGCUCGCUUGACUGCACCACCGAGCCUACUGAACACUCGGACACUUUUCUACAACCACGAUGCAUUUUAUCAGGAAGCUGCUGCCAUGUUGGUGUUUCCUGUUGCUGAGCUGUCGGCCGUCGCUGUCAGUCCAGGACUUUUAUACCUCCAUAGGCCAAAUGACAGAUCUGUUGUUCACCGAGAAAGACCUGGUCACAUCCCUCAAGGACUAUAUCCAAGCUGAGGAGAACAAGUUGGAGCGGGUCAAAAAGUGGGCCGAUAAACUGGAAUCAUUGACGGCGGAAGCCAUGCAAGACCCCGAGGGCUUCCUGGGCCACCCGGUCAAUGCCUUCAAGCUGAUGAAGCGGCUCAACACAGAGUGGAACGACCUGGAGAGCCUCGUCCUCAGCGACACCACCGACGGUUUUAUUUCCAACUUGACCAUCCAGAGGCGGUACUUCCCGACGGAUGACGACCAGACUGGCGCGGCCAAAGCUCUCCUCCGAUUACAAGACACCUACAAACUGGAUGCCAACACCAUCUCCACAGGAAACCUCCCUGGAGCGAAGCACAAGACUCUCAUGACAGCCGAGGACUGUUUCGAGCUGGGAAAGAUCGCCUACUCGGACGUGGACUACUACCACACGGAGCUAUGGAUGGCGCAGGCCCUGAAACAGAUCAACGACGGCGAGGAGUCCACCGUGGAGAUGGUCACUGUGCUGGACUACCUCAGCUACGCUAUCUACCAGCAAGGGGAGUUGGAGCGCGCCCUGAUGUACACCAAGAAGCUCCUUGAACUCGAUCCAGAACAUCAGCGGGCCAAAGGCAACGUGAAGUACUUUGAGUUCCAGCUGGAGAAGCAGAGAAAGGCGAAAGCAGAGGAAAGUGCCAUUAAGAAGGAGCCUGAGAAGAAAGAGGUGCCAGUCAAGAAGGAGAAGAAGCAGAAGAAGGACAGGAAUUCCUUCACUCUAAUGCCGGAGAGGAAGAAGUACGAAAUGCUGUGUCGCGGGGAGGGCAUCAAAAUGACUUCCCGUAGGGAAAGCCGGCUGUUCUGCCGUUACCAUGACAACAAUCGCAACCCCUUCUACGUGCUGGGACCGGUCAAGCAGCAAGAUGAGUGGGAUAGACCGUACAUUGUCCGCUUCCUCAACAUCCUCUCUGACAUGGAAAUCAGCAAGGUCAAAGAGCUGGCCAAGCCGAGGCUGCGCAGAGCCACCAUCUCCAACCCCACCACGGGAGUGCUGGAGACGGCGCCGUACAGGAUCAGUAAAAGCGCUUGGCUCACAGGCGAUGAAGAUCCCAUCAUCGAAAAGAUUAACCAGAGGAUCGAGGAUCUCACCGGUUUGGAAAUGGACACAGCAGAAGAGCUGCAGGUGGCAAAUUACGGCGUCGGCGGUCAGUACGAGCCACACUUUGACUUCGGAAGGAAAGACGAGCCGGACGCCUUCAAAGAGCUGGGAACGGGCAACCGCAUAGCAACGUGGCUCUUCUACAUGAGCGACGUGGCAGCAGGGGGCGCCACAGUAUUCCCAGAUGUCGGAGCAUCGGUUCAGCCUCAAAAGGGAACUGCUGUGUUCUGGUACAACCUCUUUCCCAGCGGGGAGGGGGACUACAGCACACGACAUGCUGCUUGUCCCGUUUUGGUGGGCAACAAGUGGGUAUCAAACAAAUGGAUUCACGAACGGGGCCAAGAGUGGCGGCGACCAUGUGGGCUAAAUGAGACUGAUUGAUUGGAACCGAAAACCCCCCCAGCAGUCCCGCUCCUCCUCCUCGUGCUGAACACACUCACACAUCAUGGAUGCUUGGGUUCCAAAUGGCUCAUCUCUGCCAAGCUCAAACACUCCCUUUAUAUCCUCCAGCCGUCACACUCCAAGUCCCUCGAGAUUGUCAGUGUAGAUAGUUGCCCGGAUCACCACACUGUGCCUUUUUCACUCUCGUGGUUUUCAUUGCACUCUGUUUGACCUCGGGUUCUGUGGCUAUGCUAUCCUUCAGUCGCAGGAAACACUACCCCCUCCUUCACCCUCAGCACUCCCGGUUGACAUUCUUCAGAAGCCGAACGCAUUCACUCCCUCACGCACCUUCUCGCAAGUUUACACUAUGUCAUUGCACGACAAUUUGCUAAGCGAGCGCCACCAACUCGCAGCACAUUAGAUGCAAGUUGGUCUUCAGAUCGCAGGGACAGCAUGAAAUAAAGGUUGAAUAGAUUUCGUCAUAGUUGCCGAAGACGUUUCAAGUAGUUUUGACAGCGUUUAGCAUGUCUGCCUCACAGUAUUCAAGGUUUGAAAUUGCCCAAAGGUGUUUAUGUGAAACUUUGGUUGUGUGUGUAAACAAAAUGUAUCAGAAAUGUUUCAAGACUGGUGUUACGGAAGUUAGAUUGCACACUCAAACUACGAGUUUUCUCCAUGAAAUCGGCCAGACAGCCAAUCAGCAUGUCUACAAAGAGAUGCGUCCUUUGCCCGACAAUACUCCGACCAUCCGACCUACUCACCUGACCUUGCUUUUUCUUAGCAAUCCAUGUGAUGCCUUGAGAUACAAUUGCCUUGACUUAUGAGGUUUUCAAGAUUUGAGUUGUCGCUUGGCUUUUUUCAAACUUUUUGGGGGUAGAAAAUCUGUUCAUUUGCAGAUAUCUGCUAUUUACAGGCUGGCCUAGGUCCAUGGUUCACUCCAUAUGUGAGACCAGUACUGGAACAUUUCUAACACUAGUUUGAUGGGUGUAUAAAUGGAUAGUCUAGCAAAUUAGCAGAUCCACUUGAACACAUACACAUCUACAUAAAUCAGGACUUGGAUGUUCAAGUCAAACACGCCCCCAGCAGUUUUGGUGCUUUUUUUUUUGGUGGGUUUUGUGAGGAAGAACACUUUUAUUUAUAUGACCCAAGCCAUUUUUGUGUUAUUGUUUUGACAGUCCUCGUUUAUGUUUCGUAAGAUAUUAAAAGCUGUUUUUAUGAACUUUGA